AUGAAGUUUAUGAAGUACACCAACUUCUUCUACAGAUCUAUGGGUAUGGAAUCCUAUACGACCGAUUCUCGACAGCAGACCAAGAGCCUGUGGGCUAAUCUCGUCUUCUGGGCGAAUGUGCUCAAUCUGAGUGCGAUUGUGUGCGGGGAGAUCAUCUACUUGGGAGUUUCUCUCGCCCAAGGCAAGAUCCUCGAAGCCAUCACAGUGACGACCUACAUCGGAUUCGUGUUCGUGGGCAUGAGCAAGAUGUUCUUCAUCUGGUGGAAGAAGCCGGCCUUGAGCGAGGUGAUGAGAGAUCUGGAGCAAAUCUAUCCUAAAGGAAGAGAAGCGGAGGAGGAGUACAGACUGCAGAGCUUUUUGCGCUCCAGCUCCCGCAUAAGUGUCACCUAUGCCCUGCUCUAUUCGGUGCUGAUUUGGACCUUCAAUCUCUUCAGCAUUAUGCAGUUUGUGGUCUACGAAAAGCUGCUGCAUAUCCGUGUGGUGGGCUUGGCGCUGCCGUAUACCGUGUAUUAUCCAUGGAACUGGGAAGCGCCCUGGUCGUUUAACCUGCUACUUUUCUGCCAGAACUUUGCGGGCUAUACCUCGGCGGCGGGACAAAUAUCCACGGAUCUCCUGCUCUGCGCUGUAGCCACUCAGCUGGUGAUGCACUUCGACUAUCUGUCGAGAGUGCUCGAAGGCCACAAACUGAGCGGUAAAUGGGAAAAGGAUUCACGAUUUUUGAUCAACACCGUCAAAUACCAUCAGCAGAUACUUCGCCUCUCGGCAGUGGUGAAUGAUAUCUUUGGUAUCCCAUUGCUGCUCAACUUUAUGGUCUCCACAUUUGUCAUCUGCUUUGUGGGCUUCCAGAUGACAGUGGGCGUGCCGCCGGAUAUCAUGAUAAAGCUCUUUUUGUUCCUGUUCUCGUCACUCUGUCAGGUUUACCUGAUCUGUCAUUACGGCCAGUUGAUUGCCGAUGCGAGUUUUGGUCUUUCGAAUGCUGCCUACAAACAGAACUGGAACCAUGCAGACGUACGCUAUCGCCAUGCUUUGGUCUAUAUAAUAGCCAGGGCCCAAAAAACCACGUACCUAAAGGCCACUGUCUUCAUGAGCAUCACGAGGGCCACUAUGACAGACUUACUUCAAAUAUCAUACAAGUUCUUUGCUUUGCUGCGCACCAUGUAUGUGAAGUAGAGACCAGGGAUGACCAGAACCCAGACGAAGAGAGAUCCCUAAGUCCCUAAGCCCAGCGCCCUCUCAACCUCCUGCCAUGCUUUCAAAAGCUCAACGGAAAAAUAAUUAUGCAAAGGCAUGAGCUAUGUACAUACACGCAUGUCCAGUCUUGAUGCUUCAGCACAAAAAACCUUGCACUUUAGUCGUUGUCUUCAUUCUAUGAAUAGAGAACGAUGGGCAGAUGCUGCAACAAAGGAAAACUGCAAAGUUAAUUUAACGCUUCACUGCCCAAAACUUGUGCUCAUAAAUUGUUGGU